ACUAUCCGUGACCUUCAUUAAUCAUCUCCUCUCCGUCCCCACUCGCCCUCCUUACACGUCUCGAUUUGUCUAGCUCGCCGCUGCUCCCCCGUUCUCAACCUAUUGAAUCUCGAUACUGAUCCUGUUACCUGCUGUACCGCUGCGGUACUGACUGUCCGGGCCCGAAUUGCUCACUCCCGCCGCCUCCUCCGUCCGUCCACCACCGCUCGCUCGUUCGCUCAUUCAACUCACUCACCACUCACUCACUCACUCAUUCACCUGACGCCCUCUCCCUCGACUUUACCACGCGCCCCAUUGGAUUGUCGUGGAGAUGGGCCUGCCUUGAUUGGCUUCACUACGCGCUCUUCUGUCCUCCUGUUUCGGCUCGAUUAUUCGACUCAUCCGGCUGUACUCCGUACUUGAUCGGCCUCCUGCCCCAGUGCCGUAGCCUCCGCGCCGUCUCCAUCUUCUCCCAAUCGCCCCGACUACGGAAUGUUCACUGGCCAUGGAGUCCCUCGUCUAUGAAAACUCGCCGCUGGCAGACUACCUUCAGGGGGAAGGCGAACACGAUCCGAACUGGCCUCUGAAGGAGGCUGAGCACAGCGAUGAUUUCUCCGACUCAACGGCAGCGGACUUUGCCCCGCGAGGGGUCUCGAAGUUUCAGGAGCGGAUUCGGAAUAAAUUGCCCAAGCCACUCGAACGGAAGGUCUCGCGGCAGAGCGCAGCCUUGGGUCGGAUUUAUGAGGCCUGCACGUCUGUAUUGAACUCGCGCAUUGCACGGAGCGACAACGAGCGAUUCCUCGAACAGUUCGGCUACGUUAUCGUUGCAUCUCAGCUCUUGAACGAACACAGUGCGCCCUCCUAUACGUCAGCCGCCGAUGUGAUGUCCACUGCCCUUCCCGCAGACCUCCCCUCGAUCUCGACGACAUUUGGUAUACAGGGUGCUGUUGUCACGGCUUCGACGUCAUUCUCCAUCGCGUGGUUGCUACACUGGAGCCGGUCUCGAGCAUCAUCUGGUCUCAACCCUCGGAAGGUCGGGGUUCUCUUGGUUCUCGUGCCAGUCAUCGGUGUUUUGUUCUAUGCUUUCGCCAAACGACAGUGGCUGAAAUAUUUGCGACAUCAAGCCGUUGAUGCCGCCGUCACCUUCAUUGGCAACGCUCAGGGAUUCGACUCCGCCGCUUCCGCAUCGGUUGUAUUUAUUCAGGAGGUUGAGCUGGUCUCGAGAGGCUACCGCAUAAGCACACCCUUGCCACCAAUCAGCAGACUCGAGGAUCAGACGCAAACGCGACGAUGCCUGAGACUGCGCCGGACCGUGUCGGAGUCAUUCUACUUCAUGCUAGGCCGAUACAUCCAAGCGCAGCACGCGCUACGACCUCUUACCGACGAUGCAAACCGUGCCAAAUACUACGACAUCUACGACAUAUCGGAGAAGGAACUUGCUGAGGCUGAGGCGGCAUUCGAUGAGCGUGCAACUGAAGAUCAAUACUCCUUGCGCUCCCUUCGCACACUUUUCGGGCGACUAUACAUCGUACGGAAGAGCAUUCUCUGCUGCCUUCUGGCUCUCGGUGCCGAUGGCGGUGGAUCUGAUAUCGCAAGAUGGACCGCCGCUGUUGAGCAGAUGCGAGACCUGGCCCAUGUGACAGGUGGAAACAUCCAUAAGAUGACCAAUAUUCUCAACGAAGAGGAUCGUGAGGUCCCACCUUCGCCACUCCCCACGGCUUCCCCCAACAAGGAUAACCUCCGCGCACAAUACCGAAAGAUCAAUUCUCUCUCCCAGGGGGUUCGAGCCCUCCAUGCAAAGAUGCACAUCCUCAGAGAGGCCUCGAACGCCAAUCUGGAACGGUCUGAAUCAGGCGAAUUCGAGGCAACCCUCAUGGCCCAGUAUGAAUCAAUUGGCGCGGAUAUUCGAAGCCUCCUUCAGGAGUGGGAAGCCGGCAAGUCGACCUUGAUGAGUAGCUCAGAUAAACAUCUGAGCGUGGAUCGCUCGCGACCGCCGAGUGUGAUGAUAUCUCCAGUGUCGCCCACCCCCAGCCUCGGAGGUUCUACAGCGGUUGAGGGCAGUCCCUCGGACGCUCUGAGAGCAUUGAAUGGGGAAAGGGCGGAGCUUGGCAUUGUCCACACGCUCGAUGACGAGGAAGAGAUCUUUGAAGCGAUUGCUUUACCCGCUCGCAACAAAAGGGCAUCGUUGACUCGGGAUGAACGCAUAGCGCGCGUCAAAGAAGACAGAGCACGACAAGCUGCUGCUCGAGAGCGCACGGAUGCCAAUACGAACAUGCUCAAAGAGCUAGAAAUGGUCAUCAAGCAACGGCCUCACUCAAUGAUAGCUGCCAAGCGGGUCACCAUGUUGGAAGCUCGUCUGGAACAAGCCAGCCUUCUCAAACGCGUCGUCGACGCCGUCAAGGACCUCGUCCAGGACUGCAACUUCGACUGCAAUGACUCCGGAAUCUCCCUCCAGGCCAUGGACAACUCCCAUGUUGCCCUCGUGUCCAUGAUGCUUAAGGCUGAGGGAUUUUCUCCCUACCGCUGCGACCGUAACAUUGCCCUGGGUAUCAACCUGAGCUCCCUGACCAAGGUUCUGCGUGCUGCCCAGAACGAAGACAUCCUCACCCUCAAGGCCGAGGACUCCCCCGACGCCGUGAACCUGAUGUUCGAGAGUGCCGAGACGGACAGACUCAGCGAGUACGACAUUAAGUUGAUGGACAUUGACCAGGAGCACCUGGCCAUCCCCGAGACAGAGUACGCCGCCACGGUUGAGAUGCCGGCGGCCGAGUUCCAGCGCAUUUGCCGGGACCUGAACGCUCUUUCCGAGUCCGUUGUAAUCGAGGCCACCAAGGAGGGCGUCAAGUUCUCCUGCCAGGGUGACAUUGGCAGCGGCUCCGUCACCGUCCGCUCACACACCAACGUCGAGAAGCCCGAUCAGAACGUCACCAUCGAUCUUACCGAACCCGUCGCCCUCACCUUCUCCCUGAAAUACCUCGUCAACUUCUGCAAGGCCACCAGCCUGUCGUCCAAGGUGCUUCUCUGCCUGUCGCAGGAGGUGCCGCUGCUCGUCGAGUACGGCCUUGGUAGCGGUCAUCUGAGAUUCUACCUCGCCCCUAAGAUCGGUGACGAGGAGUAAACGACGAGAUGCAGUAAUGACGAAAGAGGGAGCGAGGCAACGAUUUCAUUUUCUUGACCAUUUUCAUUUCCUGCUUUUCAGAAAAUAUCCCCUGAUUGUUUUCAGGGGCCAAGGCACAUUCUGUUACUAUAAUAUCCCGCUAGAUGUUAAGCGACCAACCCGUUUCGAGUUCUUUUUGGUUACCAGAUUUUCUACUUUGUAGUUGUACGUAAAACCAAG